CUUUGUAAAUGUAGUUUUUUCCUCAGCAAAUAUUAUUAUUGACAUAUACCUAGUCAAAAAUAUAUUAUAUCGUGUCACAGAAAAUUGUGAAAAACCAUGUCGAAUUUCGUGGCGGUGUUGAUUGCGUUUUCCACAUUUUCCGCACUGAUCCAGUGGACGCCGGUCGGUGCCGCGAACAUCCUGGCGGUGCCCACGGUGCCGGACAAGAGUCACUGGAACGUGAUGCGAUUCGUGCUGCGAGCGUUGACGGACCGCGGCCACAACGUGACAGUGUUCACUUCGUCUCUGGACGGUGACCGGGAGGGUUACACGGAGGUGGACGUGUCUGCAGAGCAAAGGCCACCGCUCGUCGACGUGGAUGCGACAUACCUGAUCGAAACGAUCGGUAACACGUGGCAACUGUUGCCGAUCAUGGAGAACAUCAGCCGAGUGGCCUGCGACGCGAUUUACGGACACCCACUAAUGGCGGACAUCAUGAACGGGGCGGCCCAACAAUUCGACUUGGUCAUCACCGAACCGUUCAUGUCGAAGUGCGUGGCGUACGUGGCCACCGUUCUCCGCGUGCCAAUGGUGUACGUGUUCCCACCGCCGAUGGCCACGUUCCUUGAACGUCCGCUGACCGGUCACAUCCCAAACCCGGCGGACGCGGGGCACGUGCUGUCCGGCCACGGAACUCCCAAAACGUUUUCCGAACGAUUCGCCAAUGCUGUGCUGACUGCGUACUGUUCGGCAUUGACGUGGUACUCCGAGUGGAAGAUGCAGCGCACCAACCCUCGACCUUACGACGCCGUGGAUCUGGUCAAACCGUCGGUGAUUUUCGCCAACUCACAUUUUAUCACCGAACCGUCUAGGCCUCUGACUCCGGACGUCGUCCAAAUCGGCGGCAUACAUCUAACCCCACCCAAAUCGAUACCAAAGGAUAUUUUGGAAUUCAUCGAAGACUCGGCACACGGAGUGAUUUACUUCACAUUCGGAUCUAUAGUUUCAAUGUCAUCGUUUCCAGAACACAUUCAAAGCGCAUUCCGGGAGGCGCUCUCCAGGGUUCCGCAGAAGGUGUUGUGGAAAUAUGACGGUGAAAUGAAAGACAAACCGAAGAACGUUAUGACUCGUAAAUGGUUUCCUCAACGUGACAUACUUUUGCAUCCUAAUGUAAAGCUGUUUAUCAGUCAUGGAGGAAUAUCUGGAGUGUACGAAGCAGUGGACGCGGGUGUGCCUGUACUUGGAUUUCCGUUUUUUUACGAUCAACCGAGAAAUGUUGACAAUUUGGUAGCCUCGGGGAUGGCGAUCAGGAUGGACCUGUUAUCCAUCACCGAAAAGACAUUGUUCAACGCUGUUUUUGAGAUUAUAAACAACGAUAAGUUUCAAAAAAACGCCAAAAUUGUUUCCACACGGUUCAAAGACCGACCCAUGUCACCCGCAGAAUCUGUGGUCUAUUGGACGGAGUACGUCUUGCGUCAUAAAGGAGCUCCACAUUUAAAGUAUCACGCUCUGAAUCUGACAUGGUAUCAAUACUUUUUGAUUGAUGUAAUCAGCACAUUUUUGUUUAUUGGGUCUGUCCUAUUUUUCAUAAUGUAUUAUGGCCUAAAAAUGAUUUGGAAGCACAGUUAUACAUUUUUCCAAGCUGUCAAAGCAAAACGUGAACUGGAAAAAAACAUGUCAAAUUUCGUGGAGGUGUUGAUUGCGUUUUUCACAUUUUCGUCACUGAUCCAUUGGACGCCAGUUGGUGCCGCCAACAUACUGGCAGUGGAGUCGGUCGCGGGCAAGAGCCACUGGAACGUGAUGCGAUCUGUGCUGCAGGCUCUGACGGAUCGCGGCCACACGGUUACCGUGUUUACACAGUUUGUGGACGGUGACCGGGAUGGUUACACGGAAAUAGACGUGUCCGAGCAAAUGGCACCGAUUGUUAGCUUGGACGUGAGAUACGUGAUCGAAAUAUUCGGGAAAAAGGGUACAUUGAUACCGAUUAUGGUCAACGCUACUCGGUCGGGCUGUGACACGAUUUACGGACACCGAAUUAUGGCGGACAUCAUGAAUGGAGAAGUGGAGCGAAAAUUCGACUUGGUCGUCACCGAACCGUUUAUGUCAGAGUGCGUGGCUUACGUGGCCACUGUGCUCAGGGUGCCCUUAGUUUACGUGGUACCGACGCCAAUCUCCACGUUCCUGGAACGUCCACUCACAGGACACAUCCCAAACCCGUCGGCCACCAGCCACGUGCUGUCCCACCGAGGCAUUCCCAAAACUUUUAUCGAGCGUUUCGCCAACUCGAUGCUGACAGUGUACUGUUCGAUGCUGACCUGGUACGCUAACCUGAUGCCCGACCCUCGACCGUACGAUGCAGUGGCAUUGGUAAAACCGUCGGUGAUUUUCACCAACACGCACUUCAUCACUGAACCGGCUCGGCCGCUGACGCCGGACGUUGUCGAAAUCGGUGGCAUACAUCUGACCCCUCCCGAACCGAUACCGAAGGAUAUAUUAGAAUUUAUCAACGACGCUCCUCACGGGGUGAUUUACUUCACGUUCGGGUCGGUGGUUAAGAUGUCGUCGUUACCGGAAAACGUACUGAGCGCGUUCCGAGAGGUGCUCGCUAGGGUUCCACAGAAGGUGUUGUGGAAAUACGAAGGUGAAAUGAAAAACAAACCGAACAAUGUGAUGACGAGGAAAUGGUUUCCGCAGCGUGACAUACUCUUGCACCCCAAUGUGAAACUUUUCAUCAGCCAUGGAGGUAUAUCUGGAGUAUACGAAGCUGUGGACGGAGGAGUACCGGUGAUAGGAUUUCCUAUUUUUUUUGACCAACCGAGAAAUAUUGACAAUCUAGUCGAUGCUGGAAUGGCGAUAUCUAUGGACCUUUUUUCUGUUACUAAAGAAACGUUUUUAAACGCCAUUUUGGACAUUGUUAACAACGAUAGGUAUCAAAAAAAUGCCAAAAUAGUAUCUAAACGGUUCAAAGACCGACCUAUGUCACCCGCUGAAUCGGUGGCUUACUGGACAGAGUAUGUUUUACGUCACAACGGAGCGCCACAUUUAAAAUCUCACGCUUUGAAACUGCCGUGGUAUAAAUAUUUUUUAGUCGAUGUAAUUAGCACAUUUUUGUUCAUUGCGUUUGUCCUUAUUUUCAUAAUUUAUUAUUUCAUAAAUGCGAUUUAUAAACUCAUAUUUAAAUAUUUCCAUAUAGUUAAAGUAAAACAAGAAUAAAAUAAAAUGAUAUUGUACGAUUAUAAUUUAUAAAUAAUAAAUAUUGUACUUAUUAUGAAUAAUAGUAGGGACAGAAAGACUUAGACUCAAUUGUUAUCAACUCCUACUCGAUAUGUUGUUUAUUUUCGUUUAGUAUGCACUUAAAUCAGCAUCAGUCUCGAAUAAAAAUACAUUUUAUGAGUUAAAAAACCAAAAAACUGUUGUAUGAUUAUGAAAUACAUACACAAUUUCAUUACAAUUUAGAAAUGUACCUACCUAAAGUUAGCAGUGAGCACUAGUAUCGAAAAUGAACUCAUUAUGUGGCCUGGUGUUUGGCCUCAGCCAAUAAUUUGCUCUGAAAUCAAGCAUCAGCCUAUGUCAUUAGUCGCCGGAUGGGUGACCACCAGGGUUUUUAGUGACAAACCCUCGGCCAAUACACACGUGUUCUAAACAACGGUACCCUCCGUUACAGCAUGAAACCUAUUAAAAUAACCCGGGUAAUGACCCUAGAUCAGUGGUUCUUAACCUUUCUCACACAUGUCCUGAUAUUGAGGUA